UUCACAACACUAAAGGAUCUCGUCACAAUCAUGUCUGCCGGUGCCGGUGCCGCCACUGCGCCGGGCGGCCUUGGGGCUAGGGCCCCGGAUACGAAAAGCCAGAAGCUCAAGAAGAAAAAGAUCCUACUGAUGGGCAAGAGCGGCUCGGGCAAGUCGAGCAUGCGCUCCAUAAUAUUCAGCAAUUAUUUGGCCAAGGACACGCGGAGGCUAGGCGCUACUAUUGAUAUCGACUUAUCUCACGUCAAGUUCCUCGGCAACCUGCAGCUCAACCUGUGGGACUGCGGUGGCCAGGAGGCUUUCAUGGAGAACUAUCUCUCCCAGCAGCGCCAGCACGUCUUCAGCAACGUCGGGGUCAUGAUCUACGUCUUUGACAUUGAGUCACGCGACGUCGACCGCGACUUAGCCACCUACGUCACCAUCCUUUCGGCCCUCAUGCAGUACUCGUCUGGAGCUAAGAUCUUCAUCCUAAUCCACAAGAUGGACUUGAUUCCCAACCAGACUAAGGAGACCGUCUUCGUCGAGCGUGUCAACCUGAUCCGUCACCGCACCGAGGAGUUCAUGCACGGCGGCCCCGGCGGUCAGGUCGACCUGACCCCCUUCGCCACCAGCAUCUGGGACCAGUCGCUGUACAAGGCUUGGUCUGAGAUCAUCCACGACCUGAUCCCCAGCCUGUCUCUGAUCGAGGAGCAUCUCGAGAAGCUCGGGGCCCUGAUCGAGGCCGAGGAGAUCCAGCUGUUUGAGCGCACCUCGUUCCUCGUCGUUUCGUCCUGGGUCUCGGAGGUUGGCGCCCUCAACCCCUUCCAGGACCGCCAGGAGCGCCUCAGCAACAUUCUCAAGGCCUUCAAGUCCAGCUUAUCAAAGUACACGGGCACCCCGCGCAACUCGGAGCAGUUUCGCGACUUCGACCUCAAGGUUGGCACCGGCUUUGCCCUCUUCAUCACAAAGUUCACCACAAACACAUACAUACUUUGCUGCCUGCCACCGGGCGAAGCCCGCUUCAACGCCGCAAAGCUCAACGUCCGCAUAGCCGCCCGCCUGUUUGAGGCCCUAGACAACCCUACCAAUGCUGCAAAAGCGGCGGCUGCUGCUGCCGCCUCGCAAAAUGCUCUAGGAGGUAGCUCUGUUGGUAUCACUGCAGGGAAUGGUGAGGGAUGA